AUGGGUUACAAGACUGCUGUCCUCCUGGGACUGCUCCCCCAGCUGCUGUCUGCCAGCGUGGUCUGCAACUUCUCCGCGGCGGCCAACAAUGGUGACACUUGCCAGUCCUUCACUUCGGCCUGGGGUCAGACCGUCAAGAUUUUCGAAGCGUUGAACCCUGGUGUCUCGUGUCCCAAUCUCACUCCCGGUCAGAGCUACUGUCUCCUUGGCACCGUCUCGAACGACCCAGCGCCCCCGACGACAACCUCUACUACGCUGAAGACCACGACCUCCACAACCACCACGUCGUCGUCCCCCUACCAGCCCACCCAACCGGGUCUAGUAGCCAACUGUGACAAGUUCCAUCUCGUCGCGCCCGGCGAUCAGGAUCAGUGCUAUACCAUCGAGGCCAAGUACGGCAUCACCGAAGCCCAAUUCAUGGCCUGGAAUCCCAGUAUUAAGCCCCAAUGCUCCAACCUCUGGCUGGGCUACUACGUUUGCGUGCACGUCCCAGGCGCCACGACGACGGAGCCCACGCCCACUGGCCCUGAGCCCCAGAUGCCCGGCAUCGUAAGCAACUGCGCCAAGUUUUACCAGGUCAAGUCGGGCGAUACCUGCUACACGAUGGAAAUAGCUGCGGGUUUCGGUUUCGAUCAGUUCCGCUCCUGGAACACGCAGAUUGACGCGACCUGCAGCAAUCUCUGGGUGGAUUAUUACGUCUGCGUAGGCGUUUAA